AACAUUGUAAUGAACUAGCAGAGCUUGAUGCAAGUUAGGGCAUGUUUGUGGCAUACAAGUCAAAUCUUGUCUCAAGCCUUAGGACGUUUGCGAGAAUUCCUAUGAAACGCUCUUGUGAUCUGUGAUUCGGAUUUAGUCACAGAGCUGAAGUGGCACUGUAGUGGAUGAGAGGAAACAUCUGCAGACGGCGGUUACAUAUUGCCUGCAGCAAUGUAAGUGGGUAAGUCUAUGUCGCAUUGUCUUAUUACAUUUCAGGUGAUAUUACAAUCUUACAGACUGGAAACCACUGUUGGACUGGAACUACGGUGUUGAGUAGAAGUAAACGAGAACAUUGGAAAAACUACAAAUUCAACCAGCCUUGAGGGCAAAUACUUAUUGUUUGGGGUCUUAAAGUGCGCCAAGCGGGGGCUAUGCUCCAGCACCUGAGGAAAAAUCUACUGAACAUAUAUUAUGAAGUAUUUGUUUGUUGCACUCACUAUCAUGUAGUGGGAGUUGGUGAUACAAUGAAAAAGUAAAUAUCUAACAUUGUUAUUUAAAGCAGCUGGAAUUGUCCCAAUAGAGAUGCACGUAUUACAAAAAAUACUGCUGAAGAGUGAAGCCCACCAAUAUGGCAUUCGUAAAAAAAAAUCAUCGUUUGGGUACCAUACCAACAAGUGAGCCUUUCACAGUAAAUGCACACCAAAUGCCAAAUAUGCAAUAACACUAAUUGAACCUAACUUUGUCCGAUGCAUGAAAAUGAGCAAAUAACUUGAAAAUGGACAACAGGCUAUAGCCAAACUGUUGUCCAACAAGACAAUUUUGCCAAUAUGGGAUGUCUUUACCAAGACAGACAUGCAAUUGCAGUAGUGUAGAUAUCAAUCCCAAAGAUGCUUAAUUGUUUUGACGAUUGGUACUGGAGCCCGAUGUGGAAGUGUCACCACAAUCAACAGAUCCACUUUGUUCCAGUGUUCCAACAUGGCACAAGUAUUUAAAUGAACUUAUCGUCUGCCAGGAAAGCUUACCCCACACCAUUAUACCACCAACACCAGGCAGGCAACCGGUUGCUUAUGCUGCUACGCCAAAUCUUGACUGUCAUCAGCAUGAUGCAAUUGGGACCAGGAUUUGUCGAACAAGGGAAUGUUUUUCCACUUCUCAACUGUCCAGUGUCGAUCACAUGACCACGGGAGCCGCGUCUUGUUUUUAGCUAAUGGGAGAGGAACUGCUGAUGUUUGCUGCUAUAGCCCAUCAAUGACUAGUGUCAUACGAUAUGCGUUCCAAGAUGCCGUUGAGGCAAUACUGUUGUACUGCGCCUUUAUUUGCCUGUUAGUGGCACAGGUCUCUCAAUUCUUGAUAUUCUGCUUUGACCACUCAUCCACGACUGGUUUUCGCCCACAAGACUGCCACGGAUUGGAUGUUUUUUGUUUUUGUUUUGUUUUUUCAUUUCGUUGUAAACUCUACACACAGUUACGCACAGGAGAAUAUCUGUUUCUGAUAUACUGGAAUCGGUGCGCCAGGCACAGUCGUUUAGGUCACUUAUUUAGCGCAUUCUACAGUUCAGUUAAACUAACUGAAGCCACGGCUAUGUGACUUACUGUAUGCUGUACAUUUUUGUGAACGAGAUGGUGUACCUGAUAAACUGGCUACCGAGUGAAUAUGCAUAUUUACAUAAAUAAGAGCCUUACUGUAUUAAAAUGUUGGUGAAUUACUGAUUCAACCGCACCUGAUAAACACCCUCAAUUCACAAUUUAUGGCAGCGCUUCUGAACAGGUGCCAGGACCCUGGGGUUUGGUUUCAAUGGGUUGCAUGUGUCUGAGUGAGGGGUAAGUAUAAAGAUUUGACUAGUACACAUUGUCAUUUUAUCUGAACUAUUUCUUCACAGUAUUUUCUAUAUAGAUUUACAUUGUAUUUGCAGUGCUAUUUUGCAGAUUUUGUGCUCUAAAAACAAUUGCGCUUGCAGCUAUUGUUCAUCAUAAAUAAGCAAUUUGGCAUUAUUGACAAAUUGUGGGAAUAUUUUCAAUUUUUUAAUAUAAUUACUACAUUUCCUGUCAAUAUAUCCUCAGUGAUUGUUUUCCAGAUACCAUUUGGAAACAACAAAUGCUAGUAUUUCUUGUGACUAAAUGAACCUGUUUCAGGUUGUCCUGUGGAUAAACCAGUUGAGAACCAUUGAUUUAUCGUGACAAAAAUGCCCUCAUUUGCUGUGUAAUAUGGUAAUGUUGAAACUCGACCUUGCCUGGUGUCUUUAAGCAAUGGCAAAAUAAGCAUAAUUUCUCUAGUGGUGUGAUGUUUUCAUUUUCCGAAUUUAACAUGCAUGUUGCCUACAAGUCUCAAUCAGUAAAACAGUAAAUUUGAGUAGUUUAAGCAAAUUAGCCCCGAGACAUCCAUUGAAGGGUUAAACUGUUGCUCAUUAUUUUGUUUACAUGCAUAUUGUUGUUUCUCUGUAGAUGGUUGUUUCAAUUUCCUGCCUUGGAAUAGGUACUGAGAUUAUGAUAUUUACCUUGUGCUUCUAUAGUAUUGACCGCACACUGUGUAGCCUACCUAUUGUAAAAUAGGUAUAUUUAUUGUGUGCUGAAAGAGUGAUGGAUAAUGGUGAUAUUUGUUUGAGGCCUACAAUAGCAUUAAUAAACCAAAUAUCAGAAAGAGAUUCCUUGUAAUAUGAAUGUAAUUAAGGCCUCUAAGUAUGCUGAAAAAACAGCUAUGAACUAGACGGCUAUGUAUUUACUACCAAUACCAUCAAUUCCUUUUUUAUAUGUUGAUCAUAAUUAUAGAAAUUCCUGUAGAUCACUUCAAUGCUUGUGUAGAAUACAGUUAAUCUUUUACCAUUUGCAAGCACACAUGGUAUGAGGUUUAUACGGAGAUCCCCCACUUUAAGUUGAAAAUUGCAAAUACCCAACCUUGGUGGGAAAAGUGACACAUUCAAAGAGUAUUUCUGUGUGCAUGCACCUUUGAGGGAGGCUCCAGUUUUGUUGAAUUUAGUAUAUUAGCUCAAGGAACAAGACACUGUCUACCCCUGCUGUACUGUCCCUCUCCCAAGUUCCAACUUCAGCAGGUUAGUGUCACAUUUUUUAUGACGUUUCUAGCCACAAGCAUGAACUGGCUGGGUAGCAGAGUCUUUGUCUCAAUGGAUGUGGGUGCUGAUUACAUAAUAAUCAUCUAUUCCUUCCCAUUCAACUUUCAGAUCUGACAUAUCAUCAAUUUGCCCACCAGCCAUGUACUGAUACAUUUGUACCAUCAAGACAACCAAAUGCUGUGGGGAAAACACAGAUGGAAAAAGAACAGCUGGAGAAGCAGCAUGUCCUUUGGUAAUCCAUGUUCAGACCUAGAAUGUCAAGGGCCUGAAGGGCAGCAUACCCAAUGAUAAACCCAGCCUUGUCGACAGCAGAUCAACAAUUGCAGAUGCUGGCAGAAAGCAGCUGGAGUCAUGCCUAUACGUCGUGCAGCUGGGACUCCACCCCAGGAGACGCCAUCCUCGGCUGCACCUGAGGGAGAACCUGAUGCCAGCUCUGAGGAAUCUGCAUCUGUUGAGGAAGAGCAGGAAGUAGCACCUGCUGCACCAGUAGCCAAGGCUGGGGAGGGUCAAGGUGAAGGGGAGGUUCAAGGUGAAGGAGAACUGAAAGAAAAUGGUGAAAAGGCUGAGGGAGAGAAAGCAGAGGAAUUGACUGGAGUGAAGGAUGAGGGAGAAGAGGCUGAGAAGAAAGAAGAAAAUGAUGGUGUAAAGGAGAAAGUCAAGAAGCCGGUGAAAAGGACCAUUCCUGCCUGGGCCACCAUGUCAGCAAGCAAACGUGCAACACUCACAUAUAAGAACACCACCUCCAUGCAGCCGCCGAGGAUGGAGGACAUCCUCAUUGAGGCUGUUGAGUCCUGCAAGGAGAAGACUGGGGCUUCAGCGCAUUCUGUCAUGAAGUACAUUGUGAACAAAUACCCUAACCUGGAGUUGGACAAGAGGAAAUUCCUUCUCAAGAAGGCUCUUAAGAAGCAGCUGGAGAAGGGCACCAUCAAACAGCUGAAGGGAAAAGGCCUUUCGGGAAGCUUUACCAUUGGGAAGCAGCCCCCUAAUAAACCGGCUGCUAAAGGGAAGCCGAUGGCUGUGGCACCUGGAUUGAAGGCAGAGACCCUUGGAGAUGCUCUUCCUUUGAUCAUCACACGACUAUGUGAGCCUAAAGAGGCAUCUUACAUCCUGAUCAAAAAAUAUGUUGAACAGCACUUCCCUCAAUUCAAUGUGGAGCAUCGGCCAGAUGUCUUAAAGAGUGCCUUGGUGAGAGCAGUGGACAAGGGUCACCUAGAACAGAUCACUGGAAAAGGUGCCUCUGGAACAUUUCAGCUGAAGAGGGAAGGGGGGAAGUUCCUGCUUAAAGGUGGACCUCUGGAGGAUGCGAUCAUGACAGCCAUUGUGGCCAUGAAUGAACCCAAGACUUGCAGCACUGCUACACUUCGCAAGUUCCUUUUGGAGACAAACAAAGACAGCAUGGAGUAUCGUGUGGUGAACAACCUGAAGAGGACCUUGCAGAAGUGCAAAAUGAUGGGCUGGAUGGAGCAGAUCACAGGAAAUGGACUUAACGGCACCUACCAGCUCUGCUACCCAUACUACCCCAGCCCAGCCAUUCUGUUCCCAGAAAAACAGAAGGCAAAAGAGCAAAAACUCUCAGAGAAAGCUAAAGGCAGAAAGAGGGUUGACUCGUCUGAUGAGGACUCUGAUGAAGAGGAGGAGGAAGAGGAGUCAUCUGAAGAGUCAGAUGAUGAACCUCCCCCUUCCAAGAGGAAAGCUGUGAAGAGGCCCCCUCCUAAAGCACGUCGCCCUCCCCCCAGCAAGAAGCCACGACAGGGAAGUCAGUCACGAGCUAAGGUUGAGAAAAGAGCAGCCCCUACUAAGAGGUCUGUACCACCAGCCAAGAAACCAGCACCCUCAUCUAAGAAAGCAGAACCACCAGCCAAAAAGUCUGCUCCCCCAGCAAAGAAACCAUUGCCUCCAGUAAAGAAACCUGCAACUUCAAGUAAACCUGCAGUCUCAAAGAAAGCACCAUCACCAGCUAAAGCAGCACCGACACCAGUCAAGAAAGCCGCUCCUGCAAGCAAGCCUAAAACGCCAAUAAUCAAAAAGCUGACAAGCAAGGCAUCCAAGCGGCCACUGCCCAAAAAGUCCCCGCCUGCAAAGGCAGCAGCCAAACCUGCAGUAAAGACCAAGCCAGCAGCCCGCAAAUCGCUGAGGGGGAGGAAGUGAUUUCACUAUCGCCCACCAGUGGAAGUUUAACUGUAGCUCUGAAGACAGCAGUGCUCUGCCUCUGUCCAUGCUCUCUUUCGCAUCAUUGUUUUCCCCCUGUUUGGGCCUCUAGAAUUAUUCUCUGUAGGAUGGGGAUGUGACAAUUAUUAGUUUGUCAAUUUUACUUUGGAACUGUUCAAUUUCUGUGGACCCUCCUUUUAAACACCAUUGUGUAGAAAGUCUUAAAAUUUCAACUGCCUAGGUAAAAUGUGAAAUAUUAGUAUCAAUUUUUUUCCCUUCACACACUUCAUUUUGAUAAUUUGUAGGCAGAGAUCCAGAAUCAGUGACUUGUCUUAUUUUUACAUUUCAUUCCAAUCCACUCUGCCAUUUUUCACUAUGACAAAAUUUAUCAAAUACCUUUUUGGAUACUUUCUCUCAAUGCCGUUUUCUGACAUUUCUGAAUUUAAUGUUGAGUAAACUCAUCUUGAAGGGUAACAAGACAUUGUAAGUAAAGAGUAUGAGAGCCAGCUUUUCAUGUAAAAAAAAUAAUAAUCCCUUUAUUACAAAUUCUAUUUAAUGUUGUCAAAAUACUGUGCCCAUGGUAAAAAUAGUGAAUUGGAAACUAGAAUAAGGACGCAGUUUUUCAUUAUGAUAUUCAGAGUUUCUGCAUAGUUUUAGGGGAUUUCUUUUGUUUAAACAAACCUGCUUAUCAAGGUUAUUUGGUUGUAUCUUAUAAGCUAAGAAAGGUCAUCUAUAUUCUGUGUAAUAGUGAAAGAUUGUGAAUAUGACACUUAGUUUUGAAGCCUAGCUCAUACAUACCCUGCAUGCGUGUACUCUUUGUUAUGCUUUUUCCCAGGUCAUUAUUAAAAUGGCUAUAUUUGUA